AUGCGGCUGAACAAGAAUCUCCUCAAUCUCCUGAAAGACCUCAAGGGGCGCGUCGAUGAGGAAGAUAGGAAGAUCAUCAAUCAGACUUUACACGAUGUAGAGGAUGAUUUGGUCUCGUCGGGUUCAUUACAGUCCGUAAGAAUGCGGGGAAAGAGACCGCGCGAUCAUUCACCGACACGUCAAGGUGAGAAUCAUAGUGACCACGGAGAGGCCUUCGUGACGGCCUCAGUGGGAUCCAACGAAGACCUUGACUUCCUUGAUGAAGAUUUGAUGCGUGAUCCACAUGCAAGAGAAACCGGCUAUAUGGGUCAGAACUCUGAAGUCCAAUGGCUACGGAGCGUCCAGCGCCAAGCAGAACGCGGCAACACAGAUCCCCGUGGUCAACGGUACGGCCCUCCUGGUGCGAGUACUGAAGCGAUCGAUGAACGAUCCGACGCUCUACAUGAACGGAGGCAGAAUGCUAGACCAGGAUCGAUGCACCAUAUCACGGACGCGACUUUCUACCUUGACAGCGACGACAUCGAGAUUGACAUAGCGGUGGACCCUAGGGAGAUGCCAAGCCCAGAGAUCGCUGAGAAGUUCUUUGCCUGUUACAUGGACACUGUGCACGGUACAUUCCCACUCAUGCCUGCCAAUUUCGAGGACCAGUUUCGCCGCUAUAUCCAAGCUUCUAAACAUGGGCACCCAUUUUUCGUACCCGACGGAUGGCGUGCAACCAUGAAUUUGCUCUUCGCGAUUGGCGCAAAAUAUUCACACCUUGUUGGCGCAGAGUGGAGAGGCGACGAGAGGGACCAUCUGAUAUACAUGACAAGAGCAGUCCAGCUUCUGGGUUUGAAAGACACUCUGACCUUUCUUGCAGCUCCCAGCCUAGACAAAAUCCAAGCUACAGGAACGUUGGCCUUUUACUUCCUUGUAAUUGGGCAUGUGAGUAGAGCAUGGAUUAUGAUAGGACUUUCUAUCAGGCUUGCCUUGGCGCUCGGUCUGCACUUGCGCAACGAGGACACUUCAUUGAGUGAUUCCAGGAGGGAGCCGCUGGUAAAAACAUGGUGGUGUUUGCACUCAAUAGAGUGUCUCGUCUCUUCUAUCACCGGCCGUCCUCCAGUCAUCGGGAACGAGGAUUGUACUGUAUCCUUGCCACAACAAUCCCCCGAAUCGCCAACCCGACAAACAUCUCGCAUUCGCACCAACUACGGCUCGCCUCAAACCACGGCAAAUAAUAGAGCUUCCGAGUCUGGCAAACGGAAGACAGACAAGAGCCACUAUCUCCAUAUGUAUAUUACCCUGACUAUCAUUCAACAAAAGGUCCUUCUCAGUCUGUAUUCACCUCGAACUGCGGUACAAUCUUGGCAGUACGUUCAAACGAGAAUCACGGAGUUACUCAAGGAGCUAGAAAACUGGGUGCAGACGGCUUUACCACCUGAGGAUGCUCGACCCAGUACUUGGACUCAACGAUCCGAUCUCAACCGUGAACGGUUCCUGCUCAGAAUCUACUAUUGGAGUACGAAAGUUCUUAUUACUAGACCUUGUCUAUGCCGAAUCGAACGGAGGAUAGCAACGGAGAGUUCGAAGUCCAUGAACUUCAACACCGACACUGCUGAGACUUGUGUCGAAGCAGCUCGACAGAUGGCAAUGCUGUUUCCCGAGCAGCCAGAUACAGGCUUUAUCUACUCCCAAGGGCCAUGGUGGGAUGUGGUUCAUAUCAUUAUGCAAGCUUUAGCCGUACUUCUGCUCGAGAUGGCCUAUGAGGGCAAGCAUCUGAAAGACGAGAAAGCCGAUAUCCUUGCGUGUAUCAAAAAGAUGAUACGCUGGCUUCGGGCUAUGAAAGCAAACGACCCAGUUGCGGCUCGUGCUCACGACGUCGUUUACAAGAUUUUGAAUAGCUGCGCUCCAGUUCUUCAGGAGCAGGUAAAGGAGUUGAUUGACGACGAUAGUAAUUGGACCUCGCAGCCUGCGCGACCGGCCCGUUCCGGUGCAUCUUCUACGUUCCCGUCACAGUCAACUUCAUGGGAUACACCAAGCGGUACAGGUUUCUCGGAAGAGAUGCCGCCAAACUACCCACCCCCACUAUCCCAUGAUCAUCUCGUGGAUCCGCUGCUCCAAUAUCCUUUACCCACACAACAACCAACACCUUCUGCUUUUGGUAACCCGUUCUUCACAAGCUUCGACCAAGGAGUGCCUAUUGUUGAAAUGCAACAAUUGUGGUGGCAUUCAGCGCCUUUCAGUAAUCUGGACUGGGAUGCUUCCGAGAUGAACCUAUCGCAGCAGCAGCUCAUGCAACAACAGAUGCAGCAGCAAAUGCAUCACCAGAUGCGGCCGGACGAUCCCAUGGAGCUGGAGCAUGAAGGAGGCGAUUUUUCGGAGCCGCCUAGUUAG